CUCACACCUAAAAGAGAAGGGGUACCCUAUAAAUAGUUGAAUACACCAAAACCACUCUUCACAAUCCCCUCUCAAUCAUAUUAUAAUUAAUAAUCUCCCAAGUAAUCAACCUAGCUAGCCACACCAAUGGCGGAAACCCAUCAUUUCCUUUCCACUUUUCUCUUGGUUCUCAUCACCAUGGCACUAUCCUCCUUGGCCGGCCCCACAAUGGCGGCCGGCCGCCGCAUCCCCGGCGACAAGAAGCAGCCGGAGUUUCUCCCCGGCUACGACGGAACCGUCUUGAUUCCCGGCGUGGGCCGUGUCGUCGUCCCCCCCAAGGGUAAGAAAAUAGACCCCUUUAACUACAACCCCAUCACGGGGAAAAGCGGGUCCGGAACCGGAAUCAUUGGCCCCUUUGAUGGCUUUAUAGGCGCCGGGUCGGGCAAUGUUCUUGGCGGGUACAAUAAUGCCCCUGUUUUCUCUGGCCCUGUAGGGACCGGGGUCCCGAACCCUGAGGAUUGCGCCGGAGGCAGUCUCCCACCGCCGUCUCGUCGUUGAGCAUAAAAUGAGGAUUAUUGUUUGUACGCAUUGAAUAAAUAAGGGAUUAGCAUUAUUCAUGUUAAUUGUGAGAAUUAUUAUUGUGUUUUUUUCAGUUAAAUUAGUGUCGAUUUAAUUUGGUAGAGAUUGUGUUAUUGUCAUGCAUGGUGUAUUCAACUUGUUGCAUUGUAUUUAGACGUGCUUUGAUGCCGUCUUUCAUGUGAGGUCAAAUCAACAUUAUGUAACAUGCCGUCCUAAGUUGUAUCAUUCUCAAUAAAUUAAAUGAGUCUUUUAGUUGUGUCAAUUUUGGUGGAGUUUGGAUCUUAUUUUAAAAGAGCAAAUCACAUCUACACUAUCUUGGAUGUAUAUCAUAUUCAAAAUAUUUUGCAAAUCACAUUUAAAGAACCUGAAAUAAUAUUUGUACUCAAACUUUUAAAUUGACACUUUAAAUUGUCAGAAUUCUCUCUUCUCCAACGACGUCAGCAGCCACCGGCGCACGUCAGACUUCUCUCUUCUCCAACGACGUCAGCAGCCACCGGCGCACGUCAAAUUUCUCUCCUUUCAAAGUUUCCAGUUUCGAGCUAGUGUCCAAGCUUCCUCUUGCUUCAGCCAGAGUUCAGCUUGAGGGGGGAUGUUAGACAAUAAUAAUAGUAUUACUUGUGG